UUAAUCAUUUUCUCUUCUCUCCUCCAAACCCUAAUUCGCCAUGGAAGAGGAAAUCAAAGCAGAGUUCAACAAGCAUGCGUUCACUUUCGACGACGAAGAAGAAAUACUCAAGAGCUGUCUUACCUUCUGUAUAAAUUACAAGCUCACUCCUUCCGAUCUCGUUUCGAGCUGGGACGUUUAUUCCCUCAACAGGGGGCUGGAAUUAAUGGUGCAAAGUGCUCAUAUGGAUGCAUUCUUAACGCACCUACAAAAUGAGCAGAAAGAAUCAAUUAUCAAGAAAGAGUCCGGUUUGCAUUUGUACUCCAAUGAUGUUGCUAUGAUAUUAAACGAUGAAUACGAAGAUACAAAAGAAGGCAUCCUUGACUCUCCAACAGGCAAAUCUGACACCCCAUAUCCAGAGCCAUAUGAUUCCACACUCAAAACAAAUGGGAACAUUUUUUCCUCUGGGAAAACCUUAGAAUCAGUGACUCCCUUUGGGAAACGAAAAAGUAAAUUUUUGGUGCAGUCCACUCUCAAUGACCUGCCUACUGCAGAGAACAUCAGGAAAGAACAUGACCAUGAGAAUUCCGAAGAUGAUGUCAUAAAGAGGGUACUACCCAGCAAAAGGUGUUCCUUAGAAAUCCAUGGUUCUCAGCCUGAACCAGGUUGCAGGUUCAUGUAUGACAGGAUUGAAAACAAGUUCAAUUUUCUUGAAAAUCGCAUUAAAAUGCAUGCAACAGCCCUUGUUGCUUCUGGGAAGUAUGAGGAACUAAUGGACCCCACUGUUGCUUCCCAGAAAACUGUAUUUGCAGUUGGCAUGAUCUGUUGUGAUGAAGAAGGCCGCCUGAAAGAGAAGCCUAUCUUGCUGCAAAGUAGUGUUGAGCAUUCUGGAGGGCAACGUGUGCAUCUUGACCUGCAAAAGUUGAGCCAGUUUUCCACUUUUCCUGGCCAGGUGGUAGGUGUUGAAGGGCACAAUCCUAGCGGACACUGUUUGAUUGCAUCAAAAAUUACUGACUGUGUUGCUUUGUCAGUUUCUUCUGUUGAGAAUUUUCACCCUGCCAAGAAACAGGCUAUGGAUUUGGAAUUCCAGUCAACUGAUCAAUCUCUUAUGCUGUCAGAACUAUCAUUGAUUAUUGCAGCUGGUCCUUUUACCACAACCGACAACUUAUUUUUUGAACCUCUAAUUGAGUUGCUAGCAUAUGCCCGGAGAAAGCAGCCUCAAUUGCUUGUACUGAUGGGGCCAUUUGUAGAUUCCGAACAUCCAGAGAUCAAAAAAGGAACUGUAAACAGGACCUUUGAUGAACUAUUUCGUCUUGAAAUUCUUGGACGGCUUCAAGAUUAUGUGGAAUACAUGGGUUCUAGUGUCCGCGUGAUACUUGUGCCAUCAAUACGAGAUGCUAACCAUGACUUUGUUUUUCCACAGCCUGCUUUUGACAUUCAUCUACCUGAUCUCAAACAUCAGAUAACCAGUCUCACAAACCCGGGGACUUUCUGUGCAAAUGCGGUCAAGGUGGGUUGCUGCACUGUUGAUAUCCUCAAACAACUUAGUGGAGAGGAAAUCUCGAGAAAUCUAGCAGGGGUAUCCAAGCACCGGUUGAGUACACUUGCAAACCAUAUCCUGAACCAGCGCAGCUUCUAUCCUCUAUAUCCACCAGCAGAAGGAACUCCCUUGGACUUUUCACUCUCGCCAGAAGCUCUUCAGAUCUCUUCCAUUCCAGAUAUCCUCAUCCUACCUUCAGACUUGGCUCAAUUUGUGAGGGUGCUGUCCCUCGGGGGAAGAAGUGACGCAGAAGAGCAAGUGAAGUGCAUUUGUGUCAAUCCAGGCAGACUGGCUAGGGGCGAAGGAGGGGGUUUCUUUGUAGAGCUUAAUUAUCAUGGUAGCCCUGAAAACACAACUGCUUCAGUUAUCCUCAUAUAGAUCUUUGGCCAAUACAAUUAAAAGUACUACUCCAUGUUUCCAUUGGUCAUGGUUGUGGUCGAGGGCAACGAAAAUCAUGGUCUGAAAGGGGCAUGAAAUAUCCAAACUUGCUGCAAUUGUCCUCAUCAUUUAGUUUUAGGCAAAACAGAGGAGUAUCACAACAAAUCUGUUCCGGACCAUCAUAUUCAAGCCAUGGUCGUGUUGUUGCUGGUUUCUGCUUCGAGUGUCAAUAGUCUAGUUGGUAUUAUGAUUUCGAAAUUAAAUGUUAGGCAACAUCAUAUGCCAUCGGACUACUGCGAUUAGAAAUUUAUUUUUUGUGAAAUUAUGAUUAGCCCAUAUAUUAUAUGUUUCUGUGAACUCUCAAAAUCAUAGACUGAUAGUCAGAAUCAACACAGUUAGCCACCAAACUCGGUGGUUAACAUGCCACAUGACCCUCCAACUGGUCCAGGUAGGCUGGUGGUUAUUAACA